GUCAUUUCCGCUGAUAAGUUAUUAGCAUUUAUUUUUAUUGUGAAUAAAGGUAGUCCGUAGACUACAUACGUUAUUAUGCUUCUAAAUCUUAAAUAGAUCUAGAUUUAGCUAACAAAAAAAAAAUGACUGUGUUUGUGUGCAUAAAGAGUUCUAUGUUACCUGUUGGUAAGGUUCAACACAUGGACAGUGUUUCUAGAAAAUUAGUGUAUCAGCCUUAGAGCCAUACUCUCUUCUGUAAGCUAGCUAGUUCAGUAGCAAUGGCUGAAACUUCUGAUGACCCAUAUCUCUUGCCUAAUGUGACUAACAUGACACUGGUGGACAUAAUGGACAACAGUUGUGUCCAGAACUUUGAUACAGUUGCUUGUGUUAGGAGUAGUGUGUUAGCUGUGUUAGCGUUCCUGACAGCUGUACUGUGUAUAGCUAAGAUAGUUCAACUCCACAUUGCUCACCAUCCUUCAUGUCAUCAGUAUGUCAUCUUUUAUGCUGCUGCCCUUGAGUGUGCUACUGGUGGUGUUCAUUGGAUAUUUUGGAAUGUCAGUCAACUUGACUUUCUUCUACAAUACAUGAAGCUUCUCCAAGUGCUGAUUAUGUGCCACUAUUAUAUCACAUUGGCCAUCAGAGCUUUAAGGAAAGAGAACUUGGCAGACAGGUGUAUGUAUCCUUUUCUCUUUGUGGCUGUCUUGUACUUCACCAUCAUUACCUCCCUGGGAAUAUUUAACAUUGAAUCUUCAUAUGUAGAGUGUUUUGCACCAUAUUGGCUGGCAUUGUCUGUAGCUGAACUGGUAGUUGUCCAAUUAUUUAGCGUGUCUGGAUUCUACAUCACUCGCAGAUUGAAUGAAAUCAGCACUCUCGGCUCCGUCAGAUGGUCUCAGAAAAGAGAUUUGUGGUGUAUUGUCCUUAUUUUUGAGCUGUCAGCAUUCAGUACCUUUAUAUAUGAUGUGACUUUGCAAAUACUUGGUGACAGAGAAACAGGUUGCAGUGCAAUAUUUUCCUAUCAACAGAUUGUUUAUUCACCACUACUUGUCUCGUUCAUGAUCUUCAAACUGUUGCUGCCCAUAUGGAUAAUGCUGAUUGUUUUUCAACCACAUGUGACUACAUCUGAGAAGGAUGAUUUUUUUCCAGGAUUUAGUGAAGAUGUGACCUAUGGAUCAAUAUUCAGUGAAGACCAGACCUACAGACAGAUGUAUCAGCCUGAUGACAGUUUCUCGUAUACUUCACCUGCGCCCUCUCCUUCUGGUUCACCUUGCAUGUAUGACGCAGCCAUACCAUAUGCUUACACUAACCCAGCUUUGACCAGGUCCAGCUUGCAUCCAAUAGCUGAAGAGAAUAAUGAUGGAGAGCAGGUGAAAAAGAAAAUAUUGCAAGUGAAACCAACAAGAGCCCUGACAACACUACCUGAUGGAAACAUACAGAGAUCUCUAAGAACUCAAGGACAGUUUCAACGAGGAAAGUUUAUUACAAGACUUGUAACUAAAUCAAAUCAAGGGAAAAGUGAUAACUUCUAAUAUUUCUCAAGAAUCAUUCAUUCUGGGAUGAAAGGUCCAAAGUUCCACUGAAAUACAGACUAUAAUGAAGAAGCAUUUAAAUUAAUUUUUUAACAAUAGUGGUUCACUUUUUAUAGAACUAGUCAUACUAGAGUAAUUCACUGAUGCAUUCACUUUGGCAUGGGUUUUGAGUUUUUAAUUGUUAGACCUAGGAGAAAAUAAAAGAAUAAAAAAAAAAACCUCAUCAGCCAUUCGUCAAUAAAAAUAGAUUAGUUGCUUUGUUUGCCAACAAAAGGAUUGUAUUUAAAAUUUAGGUCAGCUUGUGGUAGGGUCAGUUGUGUGAAAGCAAAAGUUGUGGUAACAGAAAAUAAAACAAAACAAUGUUCUAAGGACUAUCUUUGAAUUCCUUCAGUUGAGUCAUUGUCUUAGUACAUCAGAUUAAGAUGCUGAAGUAUUGGAUUCAUUGUAAUUCUCUCUUCAUGCCUUGUACAUGUUACAGGCUGUUUAUCUCUUCUCCUGUACCUUACUUUCCCCACAGCAACAUAUUCAGUCCAAGUAUUUCUACAGCUCAGUGCAAACUCAUUUGUAGACAAGUUUGGGAAAGAGGAGUAUUUGUAUGACAUUUGUCUGCUGAGUGGUUGCUGUAUUUAGUUUUCUAGAUAUAUAUAUAUAUAUAUAGCUCCUCCUUUGUGGUUGAAGAUGAGCUUAUUUCUCAUUUCCUAUGAAAAGGAAGAGGAUUGUCCAAUCCUCGCAUUAAAAGGCUGACCACAUCCUAUGUAGCAUGGGUAGGUUUUGGUCAAAUGCAGAUAGGCUUUUGUUUUUUUGUUUGGUUCAGCUCUCUUUCAUGCUGGCCACUCUCCUUGCUUCGUAUCUCGUGGAGACUCACAGCUUCACGCCAUGAGGAGCGAUCAAGAGCUAGUGCUUCCCAGCCAUAAAUGUCAAUAGCACACUCCUUGAAGGAGCUCUUAAGGGUGUCUCAAUAGCACUUUCCUGCACACAGCUCCCUGUACAGAAGUCGUUUGGGAAGGCGAUUGUCUGCAUGUGAACUAUGUGUUCCACCCAUCGAAAUUGAGACCUUUUUACUGUGGCAUGGAUACUGUUCAUAUUAGACAACUGUAGGAUUUUAGUAUCUGGUAUGUGGUCAGACCAAUGCAGCUUGUGAAUUUUCCUUAGGUGAAAAGGAGUUAUGUUUUUUGAUGUGGCGAGAAUAUAAGGUCCAGGACUCUUGGUGCAUAUAAGAGUGAAAGGGAGCACUACAGAACAGUAGACUUUCAGUUUUGUGGAUAUGCUGAGUCCUCUCCAUUGCCACACUUGUCCUUGAAGUUUGCCAAAAGCAGCUCUGGCAUGUGAAACACAGAAGUCUACCUGGUCAUCUAAAUCUAGAAUCUAUGGAAUCAUAUUGGAAAACAACUGACAAGGAUGUGUAACAAGUUAUUUGUUUUGAAAAUGUGUAAAAAUAUGAUCAGAGAAGAACAAAAAAAAGUCACAAUUUUCAUUUUUUAUUAAUUGAUUCUUACCAAACUUCACAUGUAGCAACUUACACAGUCAGGAAAAGAAAAUGAAAUAAACUUAUCUCUUUAUUUAUCAGAGAUAUCCACUGGGGUAAGUUGACACAAGACGUGGGCUAAUAAAUCACACACAAAUAAAAAUCACCAAAGCUUGACACGGUUAAAGUUGAUAUAAAAAAUUAACCAGAUUUUGUUCUUGAGGUGGUUCCUGUGCUUGUUGGCAGUUUAAGAAUUGUAUGAUGUCUUAUUUUGGAACAUUUCCAACAUCUGUUACUUCAGGUGUUAUAAAUUCUUUCAGCUUUGGAGUUGCUUCCCAGAAAUAAGACAUUAUCAUCAUCCUCUUCUUUUGUUGCACUUCCAACCAGAUAUUUGAUGCAAUAAGAUGCUUCUAGUGUAUUUUCAUUGUCAGUUAGCCAUUGGAAUCAUCUUUUCCUUUAUAGUCAUUUAUAAUCUAGCCAUUGGAAUCAUCUUUUCCUUUAUAGUCAUUUAUAAUCACUAUGUUCAUAUUGUGCAUUUUAAAAUUGUACAAGUUAAAAACUCUUAUAAGUGUAUUUUCCUUUUAAAAAAAAAAAAGCCUGUUUCAAUCUCUAUGUCAAUAAUGUACAAAUAGAGUAACUUACAUUUUGCAAGCUGUACUUAGAACUUUGAUCAAUUAAUGACACAAAGGGUAGACGAAAACAUUUGACUAUCAUUACAUUUUAUUUUCAGCAUUCACACUAUAUAGUGUGGGUGUGUUGUUAAAGAAAUUGUUUCUGUUACAGAGAAGAGCUGAUAAAAACAUUGUUUAUUUAUUGUCUGCAUUUACCUAGGAAUUAAUUGUACAGGCCUACUAGUUAAGUACUCCAAUAGUUUGUGGAACACCUAUUCAGGCCACAUGAAACACUACAAAACAGUUUGAGAAGCUCGGCUCUAGAUGAUGACUUUAAUAAAUGAGCUGUAAUCUAGACUCACUGGACUCUCUAGAAUUGAUAGAUCUAUAAAGCUCUUUGAGAUCAAGACCAGUGUAAAAAAAAUCAUUGAUAGAUUUAGGUCUACAUGUAAUUUUUUUACUAUUCUCCUUUAAGCAAUAAAUUGCUAAGCUAUUUAGAUCUCAAAAAGUCUAUAACAUUAUGUUGUAGAGAAUACUAGUUAUUUAUUAGUUUAAGGGCACUUAAGCUUAGCACACAUGGUGUUUGCAAUGCUUUGCGGUACAUAAUGUAGCAAAUCUGUGUGUUUAAACAUGUCCCAUUUAUUUAGAGUUGAAUUAAUAGCAUGGGAUAAGAAGUCCAGGUUUCCCUAUCUAUUUUAAAGCCGGAUAAUAUUAUGGUAACCUGUAUUCAUAUGUUCAGAUUCGCAAUCAGUAAAUUACUCUAGUUAGUUUUAUUUAUUUACAAAGUAGAUGUUUUAUUUGAACUACCUUUUGUGGAGUGAAGAUAACUCUAGUAUUACAUUCUAUGUCUAGUGAAGAUAACUCUAGUAUUACAUUCUAUGUCUAGUGAAGAUAACUCUAGUAUUACAUUCUAUGUCUAGUGACUGUUAUCUUGGGAAUGUCACUUGGUUUACUUCUUAUUGACCAACUUGACUCAAUAGUGCACUGGUUAUUUCUUUGAUCACCACUGGUGCUGUCCAACAUAUCAAAACUUCUUGAUUUCACCCAUAAGCCAACUAGGAGUUGUGUUUUUUUUGUGUUUUUUUAACUCAUGCCACUUUUUUUAUCCCCUCACAUCACAACAAAUGUAAGUGUAUCAAACUCACUUAUGUAAUAGUGCACCUUAAAUCUGGAUUGAAUUAGAAAAAGACUUGACAGAAACCUAGAGUCCAUUUGGAAGUCCAUAGUAAGGGACAAGAGUUAACAAAGAUUGUUCUGACUAAUGCAAUGUCCAUCUAUAUUACUAGUGCAGUGAGAGAACUCAGGGACUAAGACUCAGGCUAAGUCUCAAGUCACAGACUUCCUGUUUUUUAGCCAGAGACAUUCAGCAUGACAGCACUACUUGAUCCAUCUACACUUGGUUUAAUGUUGUGUCAAAAGCCAAAGGCAUUUAAUUUAUUUCUAUUCAGUUUCACAAUUUGAUAUCUUAAGUUUACAUUAUAUUGAUUUUAUGUUAAUGUUUCUCUAAUUUGUCUUUAGAGCAAUCUAUUGUGUUUUAGCCCAGGUUAGUUUUUUUCAUUGACCUACAGUUUACCUUCAGUACUAUUGACUCAUCAGUAUUUAACCAUUCCAUAAUAGUUUGUCUACAGAUUCCACUUCUCAUUUUGUUUGUUUCAGUAAUAUGAAUUAUUUAUUGACUACUUACUCUUUAGUUUAAAAUUCAAAUAAGUUCUCUUUCAAUGUUGUUGUUUUUUUGUCACUAUUCUCUACAUUGUUUGUAGAUCUUUUGAUAACAUUUUUGUGUAUACCCUGUGAAUAGCUCUUCAUCUCCUCUAGUCAGAGUUCUUGACAAUGUCAUUUCACUUGUAUGCAUGUCAUCGACAGUUUUCUCUCAAUAAAUCAAUCUUUCCACUUUCUUCCAAAUGCUUCUGAACAUCAUGUUGCUGUGUAAGCUUCUUAUUUAAAAAUGUUAAUAUAUACAACUGAUCUAGUCAUAGGAUUUUUAUUUGUUAAUACUUACUAAACCUUGAGUUGAUGGGAAUCUAUUUGACUUUUUGUUUUGGUACUGCUAUUAAUAUUAUGUGAUCCAAUGGUUCCCACCUCAGUGUUGACAAUGUAAGCAUCACAGAAUGAAAGGAAGGUAAGCUUUGGUUAUAAGCUUGUGCUAAGACAUUUUUGUGAUUAAUAACUCCACAUUGUUAGCUGAGUCAGUUUUUGUAAUACUGUUACGGAAGACUGAACACUACAGCAAAGAUUUUGUUUUGUUUGGAUUGGUUCAUCCAAUUUAUUGAAAAUGUUUGACUUACAGCUAAUAAAACAUAUUGUGAAUAGACAUUUUUUACUCUGUCUACAUUAUCUAAUACACUGUAUAGAUCUUUCUCACCGUCACAUGAUCAAAAGGUUUUUUUAUUUGAUACUAAUGCAAUUUAUUGUUUUUUUGUUGUUUUUUUUUAAUUUUGCUUUCAUUUGAUGCUAGUCAGUUUGUAGUCCCACUUUUUUUUUUUACCCUGCCAACCCCUCCCCACCUCCCCCAUCACACAAAAGUAUUUUACAUUUACUAUUGUUUGAAAAGGUAAUUAAUACUCACUAAUUUUUUUCUUAAUUUAAUUUUCUUUUUGAAGUGAAAAUGUCAUUCCAUUUAUUUAUUUACAAGAAUACACUGUUAUGUUUUUUUUUGUCUUGUUAUUUCUGUUAGGUGUACAGGGACCUUGAGGUUUAAACCAGUUUGUUUGUACUUACUGUUUCUUGUUCUUUACAAUUAGUCACUGUUUGCUGUAUGUUAAGCUCCUUGAUAGUAGCUCAAAUGUUGCUUGCUGCGCUGGUAGGCCUAGACCAGUAUUAGCCUCCAUUUGGUAAGCAAAGAAAUCAUUGAGCUGUCCAUUGCACACACUGGUUAGUGGAAUGGCUGAAAAAAAAAUUGGUCAAAUUGCCAUUGAACAUAAAAAUGUAGGUAAACUAGUCUUCUGACAAGUGACAUUGGUGUUCAAAGAGUUGUCAUUCUUCUUGGCAUGUUGUGCUGUACAAAACUUUUUUGGUCUAAACUGUAUAGUCUGCUUGACCUUUUGUCAGCUUUGAGUAUUAUUUAAUGUCACUACAAAAUAAUGUAGAACUAUUGGCAUUGCUGUUACAUUUUUGUUUAAUCAAUGAGAUGUUUCUGAAUAGUUUAUUUGAUGACAAGUUGGAAGACAAACUUACAACAAAAAAAAAACACCUUGUGAUGUCAUUGGUAUCAUUCCACAUUCUUAUUUUCUGGAAUUUUAGAUGCUUAGAGGAUGAAAUAAUGCUUACAAUUUCAAUUGGAUUACAGGCUGUGACAUAGCAGAGAAGUCUGCACUUGGUGUAACAUUUUGUAAACCCAGUCUUUCUUUGACAUUAUUUAUUUAGAUUUUGGUUUUGUAUUUGUUGAUCCAUUAGAAAUACUGACAUAUUUUCUCUUGGUAUUUUCUUGGCCAGUUUUUAUGUUUUUCUAGUUUAAAGCCUGAAUGGUACGCUGGGGGUAGGAAAAAAGUCAUGUGACUGACUCUGUAUAUAUAUAUAUAUAUAUAUAUAUAUAUAUAUAUAUAUAUAUAUAUAUAUAUAUCAAAACUGGGUAGAGAAUUGCUAUGAAUGCAUCACAAUUAUCUGUGGGGAGUACUCCUAGAAAUUCUAAAGAUUAAACAGAAGAGCAUUGCUAUGAAUGCAUCACAAUUAUCUGGGGGGAGUACUACUAGCAAAGCUAAAGAUUAAACAGAAGAGAAUUGCUAUGAAUGCAUCACAAUUAUCUGGGGGGAGUACUCCUAGAAAAGCUCAAGAUUAAACAGAAGAGAAUUGCUAUGAAUGCAUCACAAUUAUCUGUGGGGAGUACUACUAGCAAAGCUAAAGAUUAAACAGAAGAGAAUUGCUAUGAAUGCAUCACAAUUAUCUGGGGGGAGUACUCCUAGAAAAGCUCAACAUUAAACAGAAGGGACGUAAUUAGCUUUUGUUGGAGCAAGUGGGACAGCCAGAGUUUGCAAACCUGUGUAUGAGUGCCAGUUGCCAGACUGCACCACAAAAUGUAACUCACACCAUGGAAAUAAACCAUUGCCUUUUGUAGAUGGGAGAAUGUCAAGAUAAAUUAUCAUGUGUAUUUAUUGUGGGAGUUAGCAUUUCAAUAAUUGUUUUCAUUGUGAUUCAUAAAACUUCAGUCAUUGUUUCACUGCUUGGUUUCAGUGGCACUUAUACAGGUUGUUGUUUUUUUUUAAACUUUUUUAAGUUUUUCAUAAAUGGUUAUGGCUUUGCAAAGCAAGUUAAAACAAAAAGGAAUAUAUGUUGUUUGAAAGCUUUAAAAUAUCUAUUAUUAUAAGAUUUGAAGGUUCAAAUAAAUUUAGCACUAAUGCUUAUUUUGUUCAAACGUUUAUUUAGCAAUGAACCAAAAAUUUGAACUUGUGUAUAAUGUAUAUAUGCUUCACUUGUCAGAUAUUUGUUUUUAUGAUAUAUUCUAGGUCAUGUGCAAACUUGUUCAAUGUUUGCUUAUUGUGAUUGUCUAGUUAGCAUAGCUCAUUGUCAUGCAGCUCAUGUUCUAGACAAUAUUUCAGUGUGGCUUUCAAUGUUUUAAUCACAUUUUUUGUUUUUGAGAUUUUUUCAUUUCUAGUUUUUCAGAUGACUAUAAUGUAAUGUUUCCUUCAUGAUUAAAGUGUCAAUCUGUCUGUAAUAAGUGGUAUACAAAAGAUGUUUGUAUUACUCAUGAACAGCAUAGUUAUCCUCUCUGAAAGUUGAGUUGAGAGUUGGACCGCAACAAAAAUGUAUCUUGUUGUAGUCAGUAUUGGUUGUAAUAAAGUAUGCUGAACUUGUAAUUCAGAUGUUUCAUACUUCAGUUGUUUAUCAUUUCAUAGACAAAUCCUGUUCUUCGAUGCAUUUGUCUUUUUGGUUACUAAAAAUGUUUUCAAAGAAUGUUUUGUGACCUGCACUGCUUGAGAUCUACAUUGCUGUAUAUAUUUCAUUCAGUUAUUUAUUAUCCAUUCUAAUAUUGUCUAAUGUGGACUGAAUUCCUUCUUUGUUGAUGUCCACAUGAAUCUUUGUUGUUCUUUGUUGAUGUCCACAUGAAUCUUUGUUGUUCUUUUGGUUUGUGAAUAAACAUUGUUUUAUUUGUGUAGCCUUUUGUUUUUGUUUCAAAUGAAUCAAAUUACAAACUUUGACAUGCAAACUAACAAGAUACUUUUAUUGUUCAUGUAGUGCUGUGGGUGUGUUUUGUGGACACGUUAAUAUCACUGUUUUGUGCACUAGUAAAUAGGACUGAGUUUUGUGUACACAUUAAUAUGACUUUUGUGCAAUAGUAAAGAUGACUGUUUUGUGUACUGGUACUAGUAAUUAUGACUGUUUUUUGUGUAUUGGUACUAGUAAUUAUGACUGUUUUUUGUGUACUGGUACUAGUAGUUAUGACUGUUUUUUGUGUACUGGUACUAGUAGUUAUGACUGUUUUUUGUGUGCUGGUACUAGUAGUUAUGACUGUUUUGUGUACAAGUAAAUCUGACUGUGUUUUGUGUACUGGUACUAGUAGUUAUGACUGUUUUUUGUGUACUGGUACUAGUAGUUAUGACUGUUUUUUGUGUACUGGUACUAGUAGUUAUGACUGUUUUUUGUGUACUGGUACUAGUAGUUUGACUGUUUUUUGUGUACUGGUACUAGUAGUUAUGACUGUUUUUUGUGUGCUGGUACUAGUAGUUAUGACUGUUUUGUGUACAAGUAAAUCUGACUGUGUUUUGUGUACUGGUACUAGUAGUUAUGACUGUUUUGUGUACAAGUAAAUCUGUUUUCUCAAUGCUGUUCUAUGUAUAAUUUGACAUUGAAUGAGCUCUAAGUCUUGGGUUGACAUUUCACACAUCCUAAUAGAUUACAUGUCUCAUCAACAAGGGUGGAACUUGCCCACUAGUACACUUUACUCCCCAGUUUGGCACUAGUGUUGGCAAGACUUGACCAUCACUUGGGAUUAGGAUGAUAUUGAAAAACUGACACCCAGAGAAUGAUGAAAGCUCCAUGCUACAAUAGCAACACAAUCAACUUGGGGAAAUUUUUUUCCCACUACCAUUUUAAAUCCACAUGACAACUAUGUCCUUUUAGAUAAUAAUUAAGAUUUAUUUUUCCCAGCUUUUAGUCUUUUGUUGCUUGCUACAUCCCUAGAGAUGUAGAUGGAAUGAUGCCAAAGUUUUUGUUUAAAUUGCUGUCAAUAGUUUUGAGACACUUACAAAGUAACUGAAUAAUGAGUUUAUUUGGUUUUUAAUAUCUAACAAAUGUUUUUGAAGAAUUAGGAAAACAUUGACAUUUGUACAUGCUUUUAAAUAAAGAAAAAAAGUGU